UUUACCUUGGCGCCCGUGGGUCGCUGGAAGGGGUCGCUGGGUGCCGGUGUCGGACGUGUGAAUGCGAACGGUGCCGGUAGGGUGUCAUUACCAACGUGUUUUUGAUAUCUCUGCACAGUAUCUGGUUGGCGCCGGUGGCCGGCCGCGCCGCCAACCUGCAGGAAGAUGGCCGACCGGCUGACGCAGCUUCAGGACGCUGUCAACGAGCUGGCCGAGCUCUUCUGCAACAGCGUGGGCAUCCUGCAGCAGCAGGCAGUGCCCGGCCACUUCCCGGGCUUCGACCGCGGCGGCGGCCGCACGCCGCAGCAGGGACAGCCGGCCGAGGACUACGCCCAGCUGUUCGCCACGCUCAUCGGCCGCAAAGUCAAGGACAUUGACACGCUGAUCGACUCGCUGCCCAGCGAAGACUCGUCCACCGAGCUGCAGUUGCAGCUGUCGGCCCUCGAGCUGCUGGAGCGCGAGAACGAGGCGGCCGGCCAGCGGCUGCAGGAGGUGGUGGCGCGCGGCCAGCUGCUGCUGCAGAAGAUCCAGGCAGCGCUGCACGACAUCGCGCAGAGCCAACUGGAGACCCAGCUGCUGCUGUCCGGGCACCGACCGGACGGUUGACGAACGCCCGACGGCGCGCUCUGCGCCGGACUCAGCGCUGAGCGGCGGCGCUCGGCCGCUCCGGGGCUGGCGGCGCCGGGCGCACCGGACGCAGUCAGGGCGCGCCCGGCUGCCGCCCAGAUCUCCCGGCGCGCAGACGAGGUGGAGGCGCGGACUGCGCCGGCGGACCUGCCGUUCGUCAGCGCAGUACGGACUGCUGGGAGCUGGCGGCGGGCGGUGGCAAGGAUGCUCAGCCGCUGGCGGGCCUGCGGAAAGCGGACUUGGCCGAACUCGGCGGCCGACGACGGCGCAUGCCCAGUAACGUGGCGUGGACGGGUGGAAAAUGCUUCCGAGGAAUGAACGAUGGUCGUGGAACGGCGUCGGCCAGCCAGACCGCUAGCAUGUCGGUCUGAUUGGUCAUCAGCUGUCAUCGCCAUCCCUGCGCUGCCGCUCAUGUACGCCUUUGGUAUGUGCUUUGUACCCAGCCAACACAUAUGGAGAUGUGCUGUGUUGUGGUCUGCGAUGUGUAAUACACACGUGUGUCUCAAAG